AUGUCUGCACCUCAACCCACAUCCAAAAACCGUACCUCUCUCAAGAUCCAUCUCGCUUAUCGAUUCCUUCUUGCUUUAAACACCCUCAACAUGAAAAGAUCAGCUUUUGACCACACCCAGAACCAUAAAAGGUCUCACCGUGUAAAGAUUGCAGCCUACGCAUCAAUGGCGUCUGUGGUUGGACCAAGAAGAGCUUGGAGCCGUGCGAUUUUAUGGAAGAUCAGAAACCAAGGUGUGUUAACAAGAAACAAGAAGAGGGUUCAUCAUAUAACUACUAGUCUUCGCCUUCAUCGACAUCAUGCACGACCUACAAGGAGAAGAAACCCUAAUAGAGAACAUGUUAACCCGUUUGGGAAUUCGGGUCUAGAAGUGAAGCUAAGGAAGCUUGUACCUGGUGCUGAAACGAUGGAUCCAUGCGGAUUGUUGGAUGAAACUGCUGAUUACAUAAAGCAUCUGGCCACGCAGGUCGAAGUCAUGAAAACUCUGGUAGAUCUCUACUCCACCAUUUGA